UCCUCCUGGUGGGUGUACUCAAACUGGGAUGAAACCCGAAUCUCUAUCGCAAGUUAUUCCAGUCAGUAACCAACCCGUAGUGGAUAAAUCACUGGCCGCAGCCAGCAGCGGAUUGUAAAAGAAAAGGUGUAGGAUUUCAGGGGAUGUGUAACGUCAACUGCGUCUUAUUUGGCCGAUAGAAACGCGAUAAUGGCCUAUUAUUUGUGUGACAUUAGAUAAGGGAGUGCACCUUGCGUCCCGGAGCAUGGCGGGGUGACGUAUUCUGCUUUACAGCAUCCAAUUUGAUGCUGUGAGAUAUCGCUCGGGAACGAUGGAUUCACCUCGCCGUUUUCUGGACACGGCCGACUUCAAUGAAAUCGCGACAUCCCACGGUUUGAAUGAAGCGACAGGGUCCGGCGCCAUGGUAACCAGCGCGUUAAGAAACGAUCUGGGCUCAAACAUUCACGUGUUAAAGACCUUAAAUCUCCGCUUUCGCUGCUUCCUUUCCAAAGUACACGAGCUCGAGCGCAGAAAUAAGUUAUUAGAGAUCCAACUCCAGCACGCCCAGGAGAAGUCCCAGUAUCGGCUCCUGUUUUCCCGGGAUCAAGCGGUCCAGACGAACCUCGAGCUGCCUUUUGCGGACAGACUGUGUCAUUCAAGACUGCCCGGUCGGAUUUGGAGUUUCUCACACACCGGAAGAUACGGAGGACGAUACGAGACCCAUCACGGGCCCGGAGUGUCUUGGGUUCAUCCAGAUGGAGUCGGAGUUCAAAUCGACACCAUCACACCUGAACUCAGGGCCUUGUAUAAUGUUUUGGCCAAAGUCAAGCGAGAAAGAGACGAGUACAGGAGAAGAUGGGAGGAGGAGGUAUCCAAACGUCAGCAGAUGGAGUCCUUGGUGGAGACCUUACAAGAGACCGUUCAAUCAUCUGAAGCUGUUCAAGAAGAACUGAAUGACAAGAUGGAUCGUCUUAAAUCAGAGCUGGUGGUCUUCAAAAGCCUCAUGCCUCACGAUGCAGUGUCUGACUUGGACACUAAAAUCCAGGAGAAAGCCAUGAAGGUUGAUAUGGACAUCUGUAGACGCAUUGAUAUCACAGCCAAGCUCUGUGACGUAGCACAACAGAGAAACUCUGAAGACGUGUCAAAAAUAUUACACGGCGGUCCAUCCAGAGCUCCUCCAGAGCAGAAAGGGGCUAUGGUAUGUAGGAAAAAGGAGUGUAAGGCUGUGUCAGAGGAGCGAGGGGAGACGGACGCUAAUUCUGGUCCAACUGAGGAGGAGAUGUCUGGAUCGCUCAACAUCACUGAUGAAAUGAAGCGCAUGCUUAACACGCUAGGUUGCUCAGCUAAUUGGUUUGUUGGCAGGCGUGAAACUUUCGAGUUGGACGAUGACUGUGACAGUCUGGCAUGGGAGGAGACAGAAGACACUCUUUUGCUUUGGGAUGAUUUUAGUAACUACCACAGUCUGAACUUAACCCCUAACACCACAGCUGCCACUGGCUCGGUUACCACGGUGACCUCCGUGUCUGACUCCCAAGGAGAAACCAAUGAGCAGGACAAAAGUCUAGGAAGUCUUAUAAAUGAAACCGAGUCCCUCUUUAAGACCAGAGAGCAGGAGUAUCAGGACACCAUCGGACAGAUUGAACUGGAACUGGCCACAGCCAAGAAUGACAUGAACAGGCACCUGCAUGAAUACAUGGAGAUGUGCAGUAUGAAGAGAGGGCUGGAUGUGCAGAUGGAGACCUGCAGGAGACUCAUCCAGGGCACGGCCACCACCGGCAGACAUUCUCCCUCGCUCAGCUCUGUGGCCAGCAGUGAUUCAGGAAACACGGAUGAUAUUCAGGAUGAACUGGAGCAGGAUAAAGUUAAAGACGGAGAGAACGAAGGACCGGUGGAGAUGAACGGAGAAGUUAGAUGAUGAUCGGUCCUUCCUCGGCUUUCUGUGUGAACCAGCCCAUUUUAGGUACUCUGGUCACAGUUUUUUACACAGUAUGGAUGAGUGUGGAAUUUUAGAUUUCCAAAGAGCAAGUAUCGGUGCUUUAUAUGCCGUGUAGAGCGGGAGCAGCCGAACUGCAGCUCUUCAUCAGCACUGCCAAGGCAUGGCUUCACAGUCUUCCUCUAUAGCUUUAACUGCAUUCACAAUACUCUCAAAUGUGAGGUCACACUCUUUACACUGUGAUAGAAAACAUGCACAUAUUAUACAGUUGUGUUAAAUGCAAAAUUUCGGUUAUCAUGAAUCUUAAAGGCAGGUUGUCAUUAAAUAGAUGACAUAAUAUACACUGAACAAAAUUAUAAACGUAACACUUUUGUUUUUGCGCCCUAUUUUUCAUGAGUUUUUUAUGUAAACAAAAGGCCUCUCAAAUAUUGUUCACAAAUCUGUCUAAAUCUGUGUUAGUGUUAGGUUAUUAGACAGCAUGAUUAUUGCACAGGUCUGCCUUAGGCUGGCCACAAUAAAAGGCCACUCUAAAAUGUGCAAUUUUACUGUAUUGGGAGUCCAAAAACCAGUUAGUAUUUGGUGUGACCACCAUUUGCAAUUUUGUUCAGUGUAUUUUAUACACAUUCUCAGUUUAAAGUCAACAUGAAGUGCUGUUUAUAACCAUAUUUAAUUUGGAGUCAAACAGAAUAUUUAAACAUAAUAUUUAAAGCUGGACUUUUUUAUUUGUCAGAAAUUAAUUGUUAAACAUGGACGUUUUAUAACUUAAAUGCAAUUUUUCUAAGAGUAUAUAGUAAGUGUUUUUAUAGUGACUAUAGGAACAUGCUAUAAAAAAGUAAAUAGUAUCAAUUUUGAUUUCAUGUUGACUUUAAAUUACAGAUUAACAUACAGAAACUAUAAGUAUUACAUUACAGCAAGCUCUGAAAUAAGUUAAAGUUUUACACUCAAAAUACUGAAUAAAUCACUUAUGUAAUACGCUUCAAAUACUAUGGGGCAGUGUCCCAGACAGGGUUUAGAUUAAUCCAGGAUUAGGCCUUAGUUAUAUUAGGACAUUUAAAGGGGACAGAGAAUGAAAAACCAUUUUUAUAUUGUCUUUGUUGAAUACUGGUAGUCUACCCGCAUUCACAAACAUACAAAAAGUGCUAAACAUGCUUAACAUCUCAGUCUCAUAGAAAUUCCUCUUUUAGAAAUGUCAGCCAGAAAAUGGCCCAAUCUGAAAAACUGAUGCUUAUGACAUCACAGGCAUCUCACUGCCCCUCCCCUUUAAAAUAAUUGGCUACAUUUUUAGAGUGGCAGCAAAGUCAGCCAAUCAGUAAUGAGAUUGCAAGUUAAGCCAGUAGGGGGAGCCAAAUAGGUGCAAAACCACUUGUUUAAAAUCCCCCACCCUAAUAGAGCUAUCUGAGAGAGGUUUUUAGGAAGCUUCUAAGGCAUUACAGACCGAAAAAAAAAAAUUUGUCUACAUGUCAUAUCAUGGAUACAGAACAAGGAUAAAUACCCUGUUCAAUCAUUCUAUGUCACCUUUAUGUAGUUUUACAAACUUACCUUACAACAAAAUAUUACUAUUGUGCUUGAGACCAAAAUAAUGGCACUGCUAUUUGUUAAGAUAUGUCAGUGCAAGAUGUUCAUGCAUUUCAAACAUGCAUUUUAGUCUGGUACUAGGAUAAACCCUGUCCAGGAAACCGCCCCUAAAUCUGUUUAGAUGGGGUUUGUACCACUGUUGCUCAACUAAACCUCUAUGCACUGUGAUUUAUGCAAUACUUUAGCCUGGAUUAACCUUACCUUUUUUGCUUUUUUGUCACCAACUGCAGUUAUUUUGCAUAUUUGUUAGUAUUAGGCAAGUGUUUGAAAAGAAGAUGUCAAAAUAGCAGUCAAACCCAUGUGCCUACCGAUAUGCUGUAUACAGUGUCUCAGUUGCCUUAUUAUAUGUUUUCAAUACAACAUCUGAAUACAUCCUUGGCUCUGUUAUAAACCCUUGAGUCAUAUAUGAACCCUAAAUCAUAGCCGUGGAACAGAUAGACGCAGAUAGACAUACAUUUUGUGUCUGAAAUGUUAAGUGUUGUGAAAUGAGAUCUGCGUUUUGGAAGAUCUCAAGAUUUGGAGCCAUAAAAAAUGUGUUGGAAAUUUGCUAAACAUAAUUUGUAAUUACUUGCAUUUCUGUAUAUGGGGCAUUCUCAAGAAAAGUGGAAAAUUAACCAAAUAACCUUAACCAAUGACUCCACCAGAAGGGGUUUAAAAGGUUAUAACCCUGUCAUUUUCCAAGUAAAUGUAUGUGUGAUAUAUUUGAAACAAUAAAUACUGUAAAUACAUUCGGGUGGUAUCACUCAGGUUCCUUGUGCCUUAAAUAUUUGUUAUAAUUAUCAAAAAUAUGUCAUUACUAUCGAAAGACAAAAACAAUGAACUAUUACUGUUUUCUUUUAAAAUGUUUAAUGUUUGGUUACAUUUAAAAUGUUGGGGUUGAAUGUACAGAUCAAUCCAAAAUAAUCACGAUACACAAAAUGUAUCGCUAUUCUCUUUUUACUUGAUCUCUGUUUGAACCAUGUAGUUAAAACACUUUUAAAAACAAUGUCAGAAAAAUCAAACCAAUUUCAAUGAGGAAAAGAUCACAGCAUAACUGGAUUUCACAGAAAAUUAAAUGCGUGGAGCAAUUUAGAAACUAAAAGUUUUUUAAUUUUACUUUUUUUUAAAGUUUAGCACCUGAGUAUUAUGGCACCUGAGAAUGACCCCUCCCUUUACCCUCCCUACCUCUCCAUUAUGUUCUUGGCUUUAUUACUCACCAGAGGGCCAGGACAUUGUAAUUUUUGUCAAUUUGUUUUAUUUUUUAUGUAUGAGGUGUUCAUGUUAACAGAAGACUCUAUUCAUUUAAUCAUUUUUAUUCAUUCAUAUGAUUAAUUAUGUUAAAGUAUCUGGGUUAUCUGGAGGUUUGCCGUUUUUUUUUUAAUGUAAUUUAAAAGUGAAUUAUUCCAAGCUUUAUAUUAUCUUUAUUAUAAUUAAGGUGCUAUAUGUUGUAUAUUUAGUUUUGGAGUUGAUUGAAUAAUUUUUGCAUUAAAUAUGGGCUGUUCUAAUAAAAUCUGGAAAAAUUUGUUGUUU